ACAUAUAUAGCAGCUCUGCUGUGCUGGAAUCGAACCCAAAACAAGUCCAUAUUUCUCAAGCCAAAGCUUCUUUUCAUACCUACACCAACAUACCCACAAACACUAUCAAUCGUCCAUAAUUCCGACAUCUCGAAUAUAUCGAGAAGAAGUCCAUCUGCAGAGCCUCAAUUUUCACGUCGGUCUCUUCGAGCAUAACAUCCAUACCAUUCCAACAUGCCGAGCGCUCUAGGUUGGAAAGGCGACGCUGCUCUUGUAGCCUACACCAAUCUCGCAAACGCUGUCCAAACACCAGCCUUCAAAGCGGCCGCUGCCACCACCGCCUCUUUCGUCUCAUUCGCUUCAGUUGUUCUUCCCAUUUGCGCAGUGACCUCGACGAUAACUGGCAUCUAUGCCCAAGCCAAGCUGCUUGAGCUUGGCCAAGAAAUAACCGACAACCUCAAGAAGUUGACAGAAUCCGCCCAAGUCGCAAAUUCUCUUCAAUAUCAAGCACAUUUCGGACAGCACGUUCAUGAUUUCGUCGCCUCCAGGAUCCGCGCUUGCAAAAAGAGCGAUGCGGAUGGAAAGGACUCCUCCACUACGGACUACUUCUUCGUCUACCACCCAAGAACAGACUGGCAUGCAUCCUUCGAAAGACACAUCGAAGAAAAGCCACUGCCGAAUCUCCUAGGCUGGACUCACAACCUCGAAUUGAUCGCGCACUUCGUGUCUCAAAUACGAGCAACGAUCGGUCCAGAAGCUACAGUACAUAUCCUCAUGCCUUCGGCCCACAUGUACAUCGUCCCCGAGGAAUUUACACUCGAUCAAUCACUAUUCCCACUGGUUUUCGAAGGGGAACUUGCUGAUUCGUCAGAACCAUACGUCUACCUCAAUAUGCCAGAGCUCGAUGCAUCAAGCUUCCAUCAAAUCGGGCGUCUUCCCCAAUGCAAGAAGACAGAGAGCAAAGCGCCUACAAAUGAGACAGUAAGGACGCUGUUAUCAACAAGCGCAGCAGUCCCUGCUGGAAUAGUUGGGGGCCUGGGUGGCACUGCCUUGGGGUUGGUGGGGUUAUCUGUCUUUUGUCCUUUUGCCGGCGUUCCUUUGAUCGUGGGUGGGCUGCUUGCUCCGGGUGCAGUUCUUGGUACGGCUUCGGCUAUGGGUGCUGGCGUUGGAGUGGAAAAGGUCUAUGACCAUUUCCAUGAGAAGAAGACAAAGAAUUAGAUUAUUGUUGGGACUUUU